AUGGAUUUGUUGGUAUUGGUCCAUGUGGGUGCUGGCAACCACCAGAAACGCCAUCUCCCAGACUUCAAGGCGUUGGUCUCCAGGGCCUGCUCCCAGGGCUUGAGCGACCUCAUCAGCAGCGACCUUUCCUCCACCACCAAGGCCCUUUCCAACACCUCCAAGUUGGUUGAGGCCUCGAAACUAACCAAUGCUUCCUAUGGCUCCUCGUUGUCCUACAACGGCAAAAUUGUGAACGACGCCUGUGUUUUGCUCAAGGACCACGCCAGCCAGAAGUUCGUCUCCUUCGCCUUGAGCAACAUCCAGAACUUCAAGUACCCCAUCACUCGCUGCCUCAAUUUCCUUCUUCUCAAGGAGAUCGAUGUGGGCCAGUUCUGUGCUGGCAUCACCAAGCCCUGUGUCUUUGCUGACAACCACUUUGACUACUUCAACAUCAACAGGGACAGACCCAGCGACAGCGACGACUACUUGUUGAAUGAUGGCUACUGCAACAACAUCAGCUUGCUCUCCUCCAACUCCAUCAACUUCUAUCGCCAGAACGAGGAUCGUUUCUUGAAGAACGAGCCCAUAAUCAAGGAUAACAACGUCAACAACAACAUCAACGACACCAUAGGCAUACUCAUCAACGACAGCAAAAACAGUCUCUCUCAUGGGGUCUCCUCUGGCGGGAACUUCUUCAAGUCUGACCAAAGAAUUGGCUGUGCUGGUCUAAUUGGCCCCAGCUUGUUCAAUCUCACGUCCUUGGAACUACCACUUUACGAAAUAUUAUCCAGCAGUCGUAAGAAGGAGUUUUACUACGAAAUAUCAACAAUGUGCUCAGGUAAUGGCGAGGACAUCAUUGAAAUGGAUUUGGCUCGUUUUGCUUCGACCUAUAUCUUGGAAAAUUUACUUGUUUCAAAUGAUGAAGACGACCUUGAUUUGUCUAAAUUAUUACAGGAUUCAAUCGUAAAGGCCUCAAAGAGAAUUCAUUUAAAGUCUUUCAAUUACCAAAAUAAAAACACCAAUGCAGAUAAAAAUGCAAAUGCAAAUGCAAAUUCUAAUACAAAUCAAGACAAGAUUAUUUACGUUGGUGUAAUAUCAUACAUAAGAAAAUUCUCUUUAAAAUCGAAAAAAAUCGUUUGGAAUACAAUACUAUAUUGCCAUUCAACUGAAUCCUUCAUCUUUGGUUAUAAGUAUAAUAGUAAUAAAACUCAAUUCAUGUUUUCCUCACUUCUUGAUCCUAAAAGAAUUGGAGUAUCAUUUUCAAGAGGUGAAUUUAUUCUCAAAUAA